GAGAUCGUCGCCUAAGCAGUUUAAAGAGAUUUCGUUCACCUUUCUCCGUCCCUUUCAAUUUUUUUAAACCGGAUGUGACGCAUUAAAGGACCCGACGGAAAUAGAACUAAACGCAUUCUAAAAUGGCGAACCGUACAGUAAAGGAUGCGCAUAGCAUCCAUGGAACCAACCCUCAAUAUUUAGUGGAGAAGAUCAUUCGGACACGAAUCUAUGAAUCUAAGUACUGGAAAGAAGAGUGUUUUGGACUUACCGCUGAACUUGUAGUAGAUAAAGCCAUGGAGUUACGGUUUGUGGGUGGCGUCUAUGGUGGAAACAUAAAACCAACUCCCUUUUUGUGUUUAACCUUGAAGAUGCUUCAGAUUCAACCUGAAAAGGAUAUCAUUGUAGAAUUUAUAAAAAAUGAAGACUUCAAGUAUGUCCGCAUGUUGGGGGCACUUUACAUGAGACUGACAGGUACUGCAAUUGAUUGCUACAAGUACUUGGAGCCUUUGUACAACGACUAUCGAAAAAUCAAGAGCCAGAACAGAAAUGGGGAGUUUGAACUGAUGCAUGUUGAUGAAUUUAUUGAUGAACUGUUGCACAGUGAGAGAGUCUGUGAUAUCAUUUUGCCCCGGCUACAGAAACGCUAUGUGCUAGAGGAAGCUGAGCAACUGGAACCUCGAGUUAGUGCUCUAGAAGAGGACAUGGAUGAUGUGGAGUCCAGUGAGGAGGAGGAAGAAGAAGAUGAGAAGUUGGAAAGAGUACCAUCACCUGACCACCGCCGCAGAAGCUACAGAGACUUGGACAAGCCCCGUCGCUCUCCAACGUUGCGCUACAGGAGGAGUAGGAGUCGGUCUCCCAGAAGGCGGAGUCGAUCUCCCAAAAGACGAAGAUCUGGUGGGUUGACCAGUCUUUUCAACAGCCCCUCACCCCGCCGAGAAAGGCAUCGGAGCAAGAGUCCAAGACGUCACCGGAGCAGGUCCCGUGAUCGACGACACAGAUCUCGCUCCAAGUCUCCAGGUCAUCACCGAAGUCACAGACAUAGGAGCCAUUCAAAAUCUCCUGAAAGGUCUAAGAAAAGCCACAAGAAGAGCCGGAGAGGGAAUGAAUAGUGAACUCAGCUUUUGAUUAUGAGGGUAUCUACUCAUGUGGAAGAAUUAAGAUCUGUUUUCCAGGCAGCUUUAAGAGCAAUUUAGUUUUUUCUUAUCAAGUUUUUCUACUUUUUUUUUUUUUUUUUGUAUGAAAAAGGUGCUGAGUUUUGCCUCCUUUUUUGAACUGUAAUCAAUAUCUUUGAGGGAUCUUUGAGGGAUGAUGUUUCUUCAUGUCAGUUUUUGACCCAACUAAUAACUAUAACUGUAUUCAAACUUAUGAGGCUAGGAAAGGAUCUGGGGGUUGGGAAUAUGAGAAAGGAUCUGGCCACCUGAUGAGCGACCCUUUUCUUUUUUGUUAUUAAACUUGACAUAGACAUUUGCCCUUUUGUUUUUAUUGUUGUUUAGUUUUUGGUUUGCUUGGUGGUUAGAACUGCUUUGAGAGUCUUGGGAUAUAUACCUUUCCUUCUUUAAUUAAUAAAGAAAAAAUGAUUGAAGGGCAGGGAAUGAGGAUAAAUCAGUAAAAAUAUAGUAACUUUUUUCCCAGCAGUAGAAAGUGGUAAUAAACCUGAAAAUUGACUGGUGAGCCGCACUUUUGCAGGAUUAGAAUACAUUCAGACAUAAUACUUUAUCUGGCUCAUUCAAGCCAGUUUCAUCAAACAGUUCAGCAGUAGCACUUGUCACCCUUUAUACAGCACAUUCCUGUAUAGUACCACUUUGUUGUUCCCCAUAAGCCCUGAAUUCCAGGUUCAGAUCCUUAGCCUUUAUUCUGCAAGUACUAUUCAGUAGCAGUAGGUCUAAAGAACUGGAAAAGAUUUGAUGGAGAGCAAAGUAGUAACAAUCAUGGUUUUGACCCACGUUGCUCAACGGUCGUGCAAUUAAAAAGUCAAGGGGCUAGGGUUGUGGCUCAGUGGUAGUGUGCUUGCCUGGCAUGUGUGAGGCAUUGGGCUCGAUUCUCAGCACCACAUACAAAUAAAUAAAAUAAAAAUAAAAACUAAAAAAUAUUUUUAAGUACAGUAGGAAGACAGGUUUUUAGAAGGGUAGAGAAUGAGGAUAAAUCAAGGUGAUAAUGAAAAUGAUGCAUUCAAUUUAACAAGUUUAAUUUGAGGCAGUUAUGGUGUGCAGUGUAACUACAUAAAUUCCGGAUGGUUUAGAAAUAGGGAUACAGUUCAGCAUAGUGAUCUAGUCUACAACUGAUGUUUAUGUAAUUGCAGAAGACGAAGAUGAGAUUGAUUGCCCAGGGUGUGCAUGUAGGUAAAAGAUGAACAAACAACAGCACCAUAGGCAACACCAACAUUAUUGACAAAGAAGUACAAGUCACCUAUAUAAAACAAGUGAAUUAUUCACAAAGAAGAAUUAGAAGAGAGUAGGUCAAAAAAGCUAAGAGUCUAAGGACACAGAAGCAUAGUAAGACUUUUAAAUGUCCCCAUUGGCCCUGAUGGUCAAUAGAGUAUUAGACUUUGCUACAGAAGUUUAGAGGUGGGGGUUAUAGCUCAAUGGCAGAGCACUUGCCCCUCAUGUGUGAGACACUGGAUUCGAUCCUCAGCACCAUAUAAAAAUGUAUGUGCAUCUACAACUAAAAACCAAAAGUUCCUUUUACCUGUACUUACCUGUCCUUCUUUAAUAAAGGAAAAAUGAUUAAAUGACUUCCUACAGUUCUAGUACCAGGAGGAAUUUUGAAGACCAGCUUGCCUUAUAGGAUCCAGCUUCUUGGAAAGUCAUCUGGUCAUAGGAUAAACAUUUCUGUUGCUCACUAUUGAACUGAAGGACUUAUACAGCAUUAUUAAAGCAUCUUUUGAUCUA